AUGGAGCACUGCUGGCGUUCUACCUCGAGGCUCGCCACGCGGAUGGCAACGAUUUCGCUCGUCUCGUUUCUCGCGGUCUCCGCUCCCAUUUCUGUCAAGCAACACCAUGACUGUCGUUUCAUUGUGUGUCGGCGACACAUCCGCGAGAUCGGUCUGCAAAGGAGACUGCCGGGGACCGCCUUGGAAAGGCAGCGUGGAGCCUCGAUGACGAGGUGGCACUCUCACGCCUCCGUGUCACGGUGCCGAUCUCGGAGCCAAGCAUCGGUCUCGGCCAGGUCCGCGGGAUGUCUAAGCUCGCCAUUGGAACGGCCCAGUUGA